AUGUACGAAAAUGCUCUUACCGAGUUCGAAGAGAGUGUCUCCUUUGACCUUGACGACCCGGACUUUGCGCCGCAAUGUUCACUGAACUCCUCCAUCAAGGAUAAUUCUCGCUACCGAGCUCACAGUAUUAGCGGCAGAGUUUCUAAUAAAACCAGCAGAAAGAUGUCUAUCACUUCGGUUCAAACAGCUACGGAAAGCCUCUCUCGACACGGGAGCAAUGUUUCUCUGUCCUGCCACAGCCUGUGCGACAGCGUAGACGAUGAUCUCCAAGACUCGCAUCCACAGUACCAGGACACCAUUCUCACCAUCGAGGAACUCCGCGCUCAACUAAACUCCUGCUUUACAUGUGGAGUAUCGUGGAGCGAGGAGCACGUGUCCCUUGAUUGCAGGGAAUGCGGCGAUUAUCCCUUGAAAAGACCAUGCCCACUGUGCGAAGGACGCUGCCAUAAAGUGUGGAAACGCGACCUGACCAUGUCCCACGCGAGUGGAAAGGCAAGAUGGGUCGGUGAGUGUGGAUUGAGUUGUGGACCGACUCUCGAGGAGAGUUUGGUCCCUGCUCUCGAAAAGCUCCGAGCGACGUCGUGAACUCUGGCCCCCGAGGGAAUCCAGGGCUCAGCCUCAAACAUGCACAAGACUUAAAAACAACAACAACAACAACAACAACAACAACAACUACAACAACAACUACAACUGCAACCACCACCAGCGCAAGGAAAAACAACAAACGACAAAAAAGAAAUAAUUAAAAUCAACAUAAACACCAUCGCCAUCCAUUAUAGCGUUCAAUCACCCCGUUACCACCAUCGUGCGAAUGCGAAGAUUCGAGUGAAUGUGGAACCACGAGAAUGAGGCGAUUCAUUGCCCGGGAGUUUUGAUUCGGCGUGACCAAUUACCGCUCGAGCUGAGGGUCAGAGGAGAUAAUAUGGAACAGUAUAAAGAAAAUAUAAACAAACGAGACACGCGCGUGCGUCUAACAGGGAAAAAAACGACAAGUUCCGGUUAGUGCUGGAAAACUCGGACGAAUGACUGCGUCGUUGGUUGUGCGAGAGUUAGCGGUGAAUCGAACGCGAUGAUACCGUUUUGAGUGCGCGAACGAAAGUCACAGAGUCGAAAAUCCAAAAGAAAACUGCGAAAUUCUCGUUACGGCGUUAACGAUUAGUUAAUUCAAUUGAUAAAAAAAAAAAAAAAAAAAAAAAUUACAAAAGCAUGUUACUAAUUGUUACAACUCCUAUUAUUUCUAUUACUAUUAUUAUUAUUAUUCGUGUUCAGGCAAAAUUCGGAACUCCGUAGUUCGAUCAAGAGCGAGUAGUUUCUUCAUCGAAAUAACGAUAGCUUUCGCCAGCUUGAAUAUGAGUAACGAAACAUCAUCGUAUACGCUCCAAUAAAUGAGAUUUUUGAGAAAAUCACACUUUCAACCAAAUUUUCUAGCGGCGUGCGCAUGUGUGACUGAAUUGUUGCGCGCGUCCUUCGUUGUGAGAUGUGAAUAUUAGGAUAAUUGUCCGUGAAAAGCGAAAAUGCAAAAAAAAAAAACAAUAAAAUAUAAGAAAACUGUGUAGUAAGAUUUAGAUAAAAUGGCCACACACAGAUCUAAAAACCGCGAAUGCUUGUCAUAUAUAUCUAUACACAUAUGUCAAAUCUCGUUUAUUCGGGGAAAAAGAAAAAAAAACAAAUAGACAAAAGAAAAAAGCGAUGAGUCACCUCUACAGAUUAUCCGCUAGCACAAAAACACCAAAUUGACUCCGACAACUUUAGACGUGACAAAUUGAGUUCAACGAAAAAAUAACAGAUUUGAUGUUCAUGGAAACAGAGCCAUAAGUUGGAAAAUACAUACCAUAAGACUUAGCUAAUUUACGUUAAUGUUCCGAAUUGCCGGUCGAGCGUAUUUAUGCUAAAACGAAGAAAAAAAAAACAAAAAAAUUUAAAUGGUUUUGCCUCCCCUUUGAUUUAUAUUUUCUCCUCUCGGUUCGCACGUACAUCGAUGCGGAAAUUGUAAAGCUCUAACGAACGAAACACAGACAAAAAACUCGACUCACAAUUAUUAAUAAGUUGUUCCAGGUGUGGCAGUGAAAAACCAAACGUACGAAACGAUAAAUCAUUAAAUCAUCAAGUUCAUCCCAUUUAAGUUAAAUUGAUAAUUUGUAAAGUUUUUCUGAAGUAUUAUGUAUCAAAAAAGAAUGAUAAAACAAAACUAAGCAAUGGAGGAUACGAGGAGACGAAAAAAAUGGAGACACCAGCUCCACUUUUGUGAGUUCGUAGUUGCGAUACUUUGGAAAAUCGAGAGACUUAUGAUGUAAACAUUUUUAUUUAAAUCUUGUGAAAUUUUUAUUUAUAACCAUGAUACGAAAAAACAACUGUGGGCUUAAUAAACAUUUGUCGACAAA